CAACAGCCUCGUCUAUGCGUUGAGCAUCAACCCCAUCCAAGUCAACACAGCCAACCGGCUAGCCCAUCAUGGUCCGUCGGCAUAUCAUCACCCUCUCUCCGUGUCAGGCCAGACCAAAAGUCCAGACACUAAUAGUUCACAUACACGCGCCCCUCCCACGCCGCCAGCGGGGGCAACGACACACCCUUGGCCGUCGUCGGGCCGCCUGACCCGCCCGCGGACGCCUCGUCGCCCAACGUGCCGACCAGCAGCCUGACGUCCGCGCCGUCGCCGGCGCACUGCAUCGCCCCGGCCACGUCCACGCACGGCCUCGUCUCGGCGCUCAUGUUGAGCACCACGACUGCCUUCUUGCGCGGCGGCUUGCCUCCUCCUCCUCCUGCUGCUGCUGCCCCUGACGACGACGACACCACCGCGGCGCUCUCCUUGACGUACGCAAAGAGCGCCUCGUCGUCCCGCGCCAUGAGCCUAAACGACCCGUGGACAAACACGUCGCCGUGCUCCCUGCGCAGCUUGAGCGCCCUCUUGUAGAAGCUCAGGAUAGAGUGCGGGUCGCGCGACUGCCGCGCCGCGUUGACGGACCGGUAGUUGUCGUGCACGCGCAUCCACGGCCUCGCGCCGCCGGUGGUGAAGCCCGCAUGCGGCGCGUCGCUCCACUGAAACGGCAUCCGCGAGUGAUCCCGUGCCAGGAUCUGCAGGCCCCUGACCGUCCCCUCGAGCCGCUCCUGGCUGCCCGACGCCGCCGCCUCGGCGUAAAAGUUGCGGCUCUCAAUGUCCCGGUACUCGUCCAUGCCCCAGCUGCUCGGCAUGUUGACCAUGCCAAUCUCCUGGCCCUGGUACAGGAACAGCGUCCCCGACAGCGUCGCCUGCCACAGCGCAAUCGCCUGGCCCGACCGCAACCACAACUCCGGCGUCGACGCGUCUCCGAACCGGCUAAUAGCCCGCCCGUUGUCGUGGUUUUCGAUAAACGCCGUCGCCCACGCGUCCGUGCCCUCGAUGAAGCUCUGCCACGUCUCCGUCAAGCUCUUGAGCUUCGUCAGCGGGUACGGCUGAUACAGGUACUUUGCCCCGAAGCCGUUGCCCGUACCCAACCGAAUCACAGAAAACUCAAACACCAUGUCGAGCUCCUGCGCCGCCGCCGAGACGUAUGGAAUCACCUGCGACGGGUGCGGCGUAUUGGACAGCUCGCCUACCGAGACGGCCUUGUAAGGGGCCAGCGCCUUGCGCGUCAUCUCCUUGAUGAAUUCGUGGAUGCGGGGUCCGUUGCACCACAUCUCCGGCGCCGGCUGGUGAGGCGACUCGGGGUCGGUAAUGGGCGCGUCGACAAAGUCCUGCCGCUUCGAGUACUUGUUGACCGUGUCGAUCCGGAAGCCGUCCACCCCGCGCUCUAACCAGAAGCGCAUCGUCUCCUCGUAGAUGGCCUCGCGGCAGUCCGCGUUCUCCCAGUUUAGGUCCGGCUGGUCCGCCGCGUAUAGGUGCAGGUAGUACUCCUGCGUGCGCUCGUCCCACGUCCACGUUGAGCCGGCAAAGUAGCCGCGCCAGUUCGUGGGCGGGUGCUGGAUGCCUUGCUCGUCGUACCGCGCCGGCUUCCAGAUGUACCAGUCGCGCUUGGGGUUUCUCUUGGAUGACCGGGACUCUUUGAACCACGCGUGCUCGAUGGACGUGUGAUUGACCACGAGGUCGAGAAUGACCUUCAUGCGUCUCGAGUGACACUCCUUGACGAGAAGAUCUACGUCCUCGACGGUGCCGUACGGCGCGUAGAUGGACUGAUAGUCGGAUACGUCGUAGCCCAUGUCCUUCUGCGGGCUCUCGAAGAUUGGAGACACCCAGACCACGUCGACCCCGAGCUCGUGAAGGUAGUCCACUUCAGAAAUGAGACCCGGGAGGUCGCCCCAGCCGUCGCCGUUGGAGUCCUUGAAGCUCGCCGGGUACACCUGGUAGAAGGUAGCAUCCUUCCACCACGGCGUCGGGCCUACGUGGCCGCUCUCGACGUCCCAUUCGAGAGAGUUGGAACCCAUUGUUGUGCGUGAGAACUCUGCUCGUUUCGGCUCAGAUGGGCAAGGCAGCAGAACGGUGACAAGGUAAGAAUGAGUGAGUGAGUGGGCGAGCAGCAGUCUCGGACGUGCCGCCUCGGCUCCGAUUAUAUCGAUUAUAGUGAGAGCUCACAACUGAGGGGCCAUGCAUCCUUUCUAUCCACGAGGGCCAUGCCCGUCGCCUCGCCUCAUGUCUUCCAGUCCCAUCGGUCACGAGUCGACCCAUCGGUUCUGAGGCUAUGACGGUCACUCCGCAGCAUUGUGGAAUCCGGGGCAUUUGCCGACAGGGGCGUGGUGGAAUCCGUCUCUAUUGGAGGGCGGAGACUCCGCCGCCUGUCGACAGUAUUCCGCUAGACUCCGCCGCCCCUCCUAGGUCGUGUGGGCAAAGAUGGUCUGUGGCGUUCACGACAUGCGGAAGCCCCUGUUGUUCAACGUCCGUCGACUGACUUGCGGCGGCGACUACUGUGACUUUUCCAUGACCGGGAAAAAAAAGGUUGUCGGUCAUGCGCAACCCCACACGCCGUCGUCUCUCCAGAUUUCCCCAGGGUGUCGGUUCCUGCCACGAGGUUUCCCCACACAACAUGCUCUUGCGCUCGGUAAAAACUGGCUGUUGGAGGUUGCUGCAGUGUUCCCCGGACGCGUCUCCGGCUCUCCAACCCGGGGGGAUAAAUAGGCACGCUCAUCCUGUGCCCUGCCCGGCCUCUUUCGCCAUGCACGCUGGAAAGCAACCCGGGCCUUGAGACCAUACACACCCUCCUUGCAGAACCUGUCAUCAUCCACCGUCUGUGCACCAUGGCUGGCGGCAUUGAUGCCAUGACGCCGACCAAGAGUGCAGAAGCUCACUUCGAGCAUGAUGUCAACGUCAAGCCCUCCGUGCUCGCCGCCGAGGCAAGACAUGGCGCCCAGGCCGAGCACCAGAUGAGCCUCUGGCAGGCCAUCAAGACGUAUCCCAAGGCGAUUGGCUGGUCCGUCCUUCUCUCCUCUACGCUCAUCAUGGAGGGCUACGACCUCGCGCUGCUGGGCAACCUAUACGCCUCGCAGCCCUUCAACAAGAAGUUCGGCACCCUCAACCCGGCCACGGGCAAGUACGCCGUCUCCGCCGCGUGGCAGUCUGGCCUCUCCAACGGAGCCCGCGCCGGUGAGAUCAUCGGUCUCAUCAUCGCUGGUUGGACCGCCGACCGCUAUGGCUACAAAAAGACGACCGUCGGCUUUCUGGUUGCCAUGAUUGCCUUUGUCUUUGUCUUAUUCUUCGCGCCCAAUGUCCAGGUCUUGAUCGUGGGAGAGGUUCUUUGCGGCAUCCCUUGGGGCGCGUUCCAAAGUGUGACGCCAGCAUACGCUUCCGAGGUUGCACCCGUGGUGUUGCGACCGUAUCUGACCACCUUCAUCAACAUGUGCUGGGUCAUUGGCCAGUUCUUUGCUGCUGCUGUCAACAAGGGCUCCAUCGGCCGCGACGACCAGUGGUCGUAUCGCAUCCCCUUUGGCGUACAAUGGGUGUGGCCGGUGCCGAUCCUGGCGGGCGUCAUCUUCGCUCCAGAGUCUCCGUGGUGGCACAUGCGCAAGAAUAACCGUGCUGCAGCCAAAGCCUCGCUUCUUCGUCUGACGUCGCGGAACCAGCCAGACUUCAACCCCGACGAGACGCUCGCCAUGAUUGAGCAUACCAACGAAAUGGAGAAGCAGCUCAAGGAGGGCGUGUCGUACCGCGACUGCUUCCAGGGCGUUGACAUCCGCAGGACCGAAAUCGUCGUUGGCAUCUGGCUCGUGCAGACCCUGGGUGGCCAAAACAUCAUGGGCUACUUCUCCUACUUCCUGACGCAGGCGGGCAUGGACCCCAAGAACUCCUUCUCGCUCUCCAUGGCACAGUACGCGCUCGGCAUGGUCGGCACGGCCGGAUCCUGGUUGCUCAUGGCAAAGGUCGGCCGGCGCAAGAUCCACUUUGGCGGCCUCUGCUGUCAAUUUCUGCUCCUCAUCAUUGUCGGGUCUCUGUCCUUCUCAAAGGACAACAACUCUGUCUGGGCCAUUGCCGCGCUGCUGAUUGUCUUCACCUUUGUGUACGACUUCACCGUAGGCCCUGUCACGUACGCUCUGGUGUCAGAGCUGUCCUCGACCCGCCUCAAGGCCAAGACGAUUGUGCUGGCACGUGCCGCGUACAAUGCGAGCAACAUCUUCGUCAACGUUAUGACGAACUACCAGCUGUCCUCGACGGCGUGGAACUGGGGUGCCCGGGCUUCAUUUUUCUGGGCGGGGAGCUGCCUCCUGUCAGUGGUCUGGGUGUACUUCCGUCUUCCCGAGCCUAGGGGCCGCACGUACGCGGAGCUCGACGAGCUGUUCGAGAAGCAGGUGCCCGCGAGGAAGUUUGCGACGACGCAUGUCGACCCAUAUGCGCACGAGGUGGAGGAUCGGAGAUUCGUGGAACAAGACAAGUAG